CCGACAUCGUGCGGAGCACUUCCUAGAAAUUCUCCCACGGGCAGGAUUGAAAGGGAAGCACGAAAACCUAGACGGACAUCGUGCGGAGCACUUCCUAGAAAUUCUCCCACGGGCAGGAUUGAAAGGGAAGCACGAAAACCCAGACGUUGGCAGUACAAGGACGUAUAUAGGCCUCGAUGUUCCCGUCCGCCAACCAAGAGCAAGCGUCCGGAGGCGCGGACGUGCCCUCCUGCGAGCAACAAAAACAGCUGGCUCUCACCAACAGCUUUCUGCUGGACCUGAAGGCGAGGAAGGAGAAGCUCCUUGCGGAAAUCACGGCACAGCUAUCAACGAUCAACGAAGGGCUGGCAAGCCUGGCAGAGCACGGAGGAGGCGUUGUUGCUCCAAAAGCGGCUCCAGACACUGACCACGUAGACUUCUCGGAUUCGUUAGGAGACGGUUCACAAGCGACGUCCGUAACGUCGAAAAAUGAUAGUUCGCAGGGCAUAGAACAAAAGCUACCUGCCAGUGGUACAGACUUCGUGCAGGACCACCUCGAAGAUCUGCAAGAGGUGUACCUCCAAAGUCGGUCUAUCGAUGAUAGUUUCCGGUCAAUUAGUGAUUUCUCGGAUACUCUAUCCCGUCUCUCGAAAUACUCUCGUUUGAAACCCGUCGCCAGUCUUGACUAUGCCCACGGACUCUAUACCGGCAAAGCAUCCAUAAUCUGCUCAAUCGAUUUCGACAAAGAUGACGAGUUCUUCGCCACGGCCGGCGUCCUCAAGAAAAUCAAAAUCUUUGACUUUGCUAACGUACUGCAUGACUACGUGAAGAACUCAACCUUGGUUGCCGACGAGGAGAUUGCCAGCGCCAAGACUAGUUCUUCGCCGUUGAGUGCCAAUAGAAAGCGGAAACGGAGUCAAAUGGCAUCUGAGAGUGAGGAAGCAGACAGCCAGGGGGAUAUGGUACCUAGGUUCCCGGUGAUAGAGAUCGAUUGUCCAUCUAAAGUCAGUUGCCUAGCAUGGGACCCGGAGGAAAAAUCACGCCUUGCAUCAGCGGACUAUGAAGGCGUAUUACGGUUAUGGGAUUCCUCCAAUGGGCAGCUGGUGCAGUCCCAUGAAGAGCACGAAAAUCGUAUAUGGUCGCUGGAUUGGUGUCCGUCGGAAAAGAGCCGGUUUGCGAGUGCCAGUGACGAUGCCAAAGGAAAAAUCUGGACGGUCAACCAAAAGGAUGCUGUGGCAACCGUCUCCAGUGUCGCAAACCUCUGCUCGGUCCGCUGGAACCCCACCGUCCCUCACCAUGUUGCAUUUGGAUCUGCAGAUCAUCACAUCCACUAUUACGACAUCCGCAACCUGCACCACCCAUUACACAUCUUCAGAGGCCACCGCCGCGCCGUCUCCUACGUCCGCUUCAAAGACCACGACACACUUAUCUCCUGUUCCACGGACUGCACCAUGCGAAUGUGGAAGCUGUCCGAAUCCUUCCAAACGGGCGAAUCGCAAUGUGUACGGACCUUCAGCGGGCACCUUAACGAGAAGAACUUUGUGGGCAUGAGUCUGGAUUGCAAUGGAGAGUUUUUGGCCUGUGGGUCCGAGACCAAUGAUGUCGUUGUGUACUGGUGGCAGCUGCCCAAGCCGUUUAUUGUGACGAGGAUGGCGAGCAUGCCGAAUUGGUUGACGGGCAAACGCGCUCGGCAAGACGAUUCAGACCACUUCAUCAGCUCCCUGUCAUGGCAGCGAACGGCACCGGGACGACUCAUCGCCGCCAACUCGCAAGGGAAGGUGACCGUCAUGGAGAUGGUUUGAAAAUCGCACAGCUUUUGUAAGUGGAAUAUGCGCACCCCGGAGACGACCUUUGCGGCACCUUGCAGAUUGCCUCGGAGAACUUAUGUUCCGGUGCUAACUACUCGGGCGCUACAACCUUGCAGAAUCCCCAUUAUAUAUGCUCCAAGGUGGUCAGAGAUAGGCGGUAGCA